AUGUUUGGCUGGCGCACAGCCAGUCAGUAUAAAUCUAACGUCUUCAGUGUCAAGGUCUCUUUCCUGUGAGGCUCUUGAUCUGCGACCACACUGCACAGACUCCGCGUCCGUCCCCGCAGCGGCUCAUCUCCGCUGUGUGUGAGUGUGUCCGUGUGUGUGUGUGUGUGUGAGUGCACUCUGCAGGCCGGAUCUAAGGGACCGAUCGGCUGAGUGCUGACCGUAUUUUCGCGUCGUCCGUUGACCGAGUGCGUACCGUAGAAGAAAACGGUGCCAGCAGCAUCAGCACCAGUACCGCGAACCGUUCGGAAAAGUGUUCAAAUUGUGCUUUCCUCCCCCCCCCCGCCCCAAGCUGAACCAUUCACUGCGGCGGACCAAAGCUUGAGCGAAAGAAAUUGCGCGUGCGAUCAUCCUUUAGAACGGUGCGCAGUGGUCAAGUGAAAGUAGCCGAUAACCGUCCAAGAACGUCGACGACCCGUUUUCGAAACACGGCAAGCAGAGAAUGCAGUGGUUUGAAGCGUCAAGUUGAAAGGCACCGAAUUUAACAACACCAAACCAGACGCUAAAAAGGUAUCGCUAUUUGUGUCAUCAGUAACGAGGCCACCGAUCUCAGCGGAUUCUCAAGAAAAUCAAGUGCGCCUGGCUUAAGCUCCAGUCCAAGCAGUUAUCCAGACGAGAAAAGUUGAUACAGUGUUGCAAUUUCCGACCUUAAGUGCAAUCCCCAACAGAACCAGUGUGCCGUGUGUUUUGUGUGUGAGUGUAGUGGGUGGAAUCGUGCGUGCGUGUGUGUGUGUGUGUAUUGUAUCUGUGUCCGAGGGUCGGAAAACUUCAGCCAGAACCAGCCGGUCAUGCAAUGUGGGCAACGAUCUUCUGCGCGAGAUACUAACGGUCCGGUGCGUUCGAUUUUUUCUGACUCUGGAGAAGAAGGUGGAAAAACAUUUUCUUCCCUGUGCUUCAACACCACCAGUUGGCCUGCUGCAAAGUGGAAAGCAAACGAGCAGAAAGGUGUCCGUUCUUGAAGAUGUUGAUUCUAAGCGUAUAGUAAGGAAGUGAUUUUAUGUAAAAUUAAAACUAGUUUCCAUUCGAAGUAUCGCGCGAGUGUAGUUUUGGUCCUCGAAAUCGGUGCCGAUGUACACCAGCUCCGGCAAAGGUUCUCCACCUUCAGCCCCUAAGGCUGGCAACGAUCAGGGCAGCUAAUAUCGUCUGCUAGUGCGAUGCGCCGUUAGAAGAACACACGCAUACAACCGCCUUCCAAGUGAUUACGAUUAUUUUGUGAACCAUCCGAGUGUAACUCUGCACGGCGGCCUCCGACGACAAAAAAUGAUGCGCGUUUGAUGGGAAGAUCGCAUGAUCGCGCAUCCAGCAGACGAACCUCGGUGGAAUCAUCAGAACGAUCAGCAGCCACCAUCCGCCUCGCAUCCACGCAGACUCCGCGUGGUUUCCGGUGUGAUCUAACGGUGCAGCAGCAACACUUCCACGUCAAACGCCGGCCAACCAGGCCAAUCCAUCCAUCAUCCGCGACGGUCCGGGGGUGAAGAAAAACAACAAGAUUCGCUUCGAGCUCACCGGCUCAUCGGGCAAGAAUCGACGAUCGGUCAGAAAGCAGGGAAGAAAAGGGAAACGAAGAACCUGCGGUUACGGCUUCAAGAUGAUGUCCAGUGUGGAUCUACGCCGGGGGACGGUGAGAUGGAGUCGCCGAUGUGCCGUCCAGUACGCUACCUCACUUGCCCUGCUACUCGCCAGUUUGCUCUCGUCAGCCUACAGCAGUCCCGUGUUCCCGUUCACAUCGUUUCAAGCUAGCAGAAACCUUCGACAUCUUCCCUGUGUGGUACGAAGCACUGGCGAUGAAGGCAUUUGUAUGUUUGCUAUCGAUUGCUUCAAGUCCAACGGAACGCAUCUGGGUGUGUGCAUCGAUAAAAUAUUCUUUGGAUCGUGCUGUCAGGUCAAUGAUGAUCGGUUGCUCUUCGAUCCGGACAUAACGGAUAACAGCAUAGAUCACAAUUCGGCCGGUAACUUCCAACAUUUCCCACAGUCCUCUCUGAUGAAUACGCACAGAAAACCGCCACUCACGGAAACGCGCUUACCAACGACUCCAGCAGGCAACGGAACAAAGUACGAACUGCUCAGUACUUCUACGACUACCAGACGAACGACUGCAAAGAACAAUCGCCGCACAACUACGACUGUACGUACGACGAAAGCUCCUAUGAAGGUUCAGCAAAAAGACGAUCUGCAGACAACUACGGAGUACCAAGAGUUCACAACGUUUCAAUACGUGCAGAGCAGCAAGAAUCCUGCUGGCAGUCAAUCCACAUCGACGACGAGCGGAGGAGCGAGCAAGCGUCCUCCUGUACGACCCAGUAGUCCUAGCGUAGUUACGUACGACAAUCGAACCUCUACCACCAGGACGACCACUCCCAAACCUUACAAAAACCGUCGACCGACAACGAAUAAAACGACAACCGUACGACCUCCAAACCGACGACCUCCUCAACCGCUAACGACAACCACGGAAACGUCGACCACGAUACUAUCCUCGACGACCAGGAAAGCGCCUGCCCCAAACACAAGACAGCCAACGACUUCCGCUACCAUUGCGUCCCGUAAGCCACCCAGUUCGAUAGCCGCAUCUCAAACGCAAACCACCCAUGCUUCGCGACGACCAACAACGACUCACCAAUCUUCACCGAAGACCGAAUCAACAACGCCCUCCGUGACGUACUCUCGUCGACCAACUACUUCGCCUUCGUUGGUGCCUCUAACGAAACCGACUUCGAACCGAAGACGACCUACCACCACUUCUACGACCUCGCCGACUACGACGACGGUGCCAACUACGGUCGCAAGCGAUACAACUCGAGCUCCUCGACCUAGACCUAAGCCAACUUCCCAGGUCGCAACCGUACCGGCUACAUCGUUAGAUCACCUGAUCGAGACGAACUCUGCCAGUUCGGAAAUCACGUCUAGUGCUGCUCCCGUAUCAAGCAGUACCACUCGAACGACAUAUCCAACGACAACCGUUAAAGUGACGCAACCCACAACGCCAACACCUACUCCAACCCCAGCUUCUUCCACCAAGCGAACCACUCAAUCCGAACCAUCCAUACAAACAUCGACUGUAAAGGUGUCAGAAUCGUCGCUAGAGCUAGGUGAUACCGCUGACCUUGCAACACUUUCACGACCCGGUCUCGUUACUUGGACAAGUAUUCUGGAGGACACACCUACGGAGCGACCCAAUGUCAAUCAAGGACCGACCACAUCCAACAGCUGGAUACUCAUUCAGACACUAACCCCCGAAGAGGUCAUUGCUAGCAAUCAAACUAACCAGCAUGAACCAUCACCCUCCUCCACUCACAUACCGCCAGCAUCCGUCGAGGUGUCCUUCUCGCAGGACACCAAACUGCCGAUCGAAUCGCUUCUCCCGGAAGCGGCCUACGUAUACAAUACGGUUCAAGAGGAGCCCGCUCAGAACGUGCUCCUGUUGCCCGACGCACUCUCGAUACAUUCGCAAGUAACGUCCACCUCACAAACCCCCGGACACACGAAUGUUGUAUCCUUGGAGGCACAGGCAAAGACUACGGAGAGUUCCGUUCCCAGUAUCGGUAGCUCCACCAUCAAACAAAGUACGGUGGCGCCCGAGAGCACGAGUACCACAGUCCGACAUUCAUCCAUCGUACCGUCGACUACGGACAGCUCUACCAUGGUAACUGGACACGGAUCAGUGUCUUCCACCGUGUCCCAGCCGUCGAUCACCAAGUCCCCCCCUAAGCCCAGUAGCAUACCGGUAGAGAUUAACGAAUCGGUCGUCGAAACGACACCAACCACCGUGACAUCGACGAUCGCUGCAUCCACACCGACCACGACGAUUAUUCCCGCGAGCGUAGCUCCGACUCAUUUUACAUCUUCCGCCGCACCGACACUAACGACCAGUGAUAUGUUUGCGAGCGUAUCCGAACAGACAUCAUCAGCCUCUAGUGAGGAAUCUGGCACGUCCUCUACUACCGACGCUGGGUCGAAACGACCUAUCGACACGACGUCCACCACGGAAGCGAUGCUCGUCCGUGAAACCACAACGGCGGCCGAGGAGUCGAUCGAAAGUGCAACGGAAGGCAGUGGAGAGGAAGAAGCGUCCGGCAGCGGUAGCGAAGAAGGAUCCAGUGAGGAGGAGGAAGAAGAGGAAGAGGAAGGAACCGAUGAAAGUGAAGAAACUACCGAUGCAACCACAGCCUCGAUCGAGAACGUUACCGACUCCCAGAACAAGUUGACGAACGAAAGCAGCACUGUGACGUCGUCUUCCACCCAGGCAAGCACUUCUGCAUCCCAAAGCACAACGUCGUCCUCGACCUCGACAUCCCUGGAGCCCAACACACUGACAGCAUCAACCUUGUCACCGGUUUCGAUCUCGGCCGGCAUGACGAGCCCCAGCUCAUCCUCAUCAGUGCUGACAACGACGUCAGGCAACACGACGACAGCAUCACCACAGCCACCUGCGCAGUCGAACCGAGACCCAACGACAACCGAGGGCACGACAACCGGAAUGCCCGUCAAGUUCCCCGAGCAACCUCCGGCAAGCAAUCAGACGGCGGCGCUUCCGACAACGACCACACUGGCGAUGCUCGCCAACGUAACCACGGACGGUGUAACGCUGGCACCCGAUUUCCUGACCACCUCCACCCUGCCAACCCUCGAGGGCAUCGAUUAUCGAUCGGUGUGCGGCAAACGGAUGUUCCCCGAGCCGCGUAUCGUCGGUGGCACCAAAGCAGCGUUUGGCCGUUGGCCCUGGCAAAUCUCGCUGCGUCAGUGGAGAACGUCCACCUAUCUGCACAAGUGUGGUGCGGCACUGCUGAACGAAAACUGGGCCAUUACGGCUGCCCACUGUGUUGACAAUGUGCCGCCGUCGGAUCUGUUGCUGCGGUUAGGCGAGUACGAUCUGGCACUGGAGGAGGAACCGUACGGCUAUCAGGAGCGCCGGGUACAGAUCGUCGCCUCUCAUCCACAGUUCGAUCCCCGGACGUUCGAGUAUGAUCUAGCACUUUUGAGAUUCUACGAACCGGUGGUGUUCCAGCCGAACAUCAUUCCCGUCUGCGUGCCGGAGAACGAUGAGAACUUCAUCGGCAGAACAGCAUUCGUUACCGGGUGGGGUCGUCUCUACGAAGAUGGACCACUGCCAAGUGUGCUGCAGGAGGUUACCGUGCCGGUGAUCGAAAAUAAGAUCUGUGAAACGAUGUACAGAAGCGCCGGCUAUAUUGAGCACAUUCCACACAUUUUCAUCUGUGCCGGUUGGAAGAAGGGAGGCUACGACUCUUGCGAAGGUGACUCUGGUGGUCCGAUGGUAAUUCAACGCCCCGACAAGCGAUUCCUGCUCGCCGGUGUCAUUUCCUGGGGUAUCGGUUGCGCUGAACCAAAUCAACCCGGUGUGUACACCAGGAUAUCCGAGUUCCGGGAUUGGAUUAAUCAGAUUCUACAGUUUUAAACGCACCAGCUCUGCCAAACGGGCGGUGACUAACUGACAAAGCAUACGCAGUAGCGAUGCCUACUCGCUCAGUGUACAGAUCCUUGGAACAGUGCUCUCCGGAAGACCUACGAACCUGGUGGAUCUGAUCCCUGGCCAACUCGACUGGACAGUUGGACGUGUAGUUGUUGAUGUUUGAUAAUUCGUUUACUAAUAGCAUUCAGUUUUGAUAAGGUGCCGUUUUGAUCAUCGAUCUGCCAGCGGAACAGAUCGACCAGUCGAGCCGAUCGAUAAGCCACUGGCAGGUGGAUCGUCGACACAGCAAACUCGAUGGCGAAGUGCAUCUCGUUUUGGGUGGCACGGUAAAGUUUAGAGCAAUUGUGUUAAGUUAUUCUCCCGUCCCGAAAGUUUUGCUCAAAGCAUCCACAACCCAGUGAGUUAAAGGAGGACACGAGAAGGUAUUAUUUAGUUGCAAGCGGUGGUAGACACUGCGCUCGUUACAAAAGACACAGCAAGCUGUACGCAUUUCGAUCAAAAAAUGCUCGCUAGGAUCACACGCAUACACACAGUAACUUUAACCUAGCACGAAAAAGAAGGAAAGAAAACAAGACAUUAGUAAAGUACGCCGGUUUUAAUUAAAGUACGUUGUGAUAAAUCGAUGCAUCGUCGCAAGCGUUGCAACGAACGAAGCGGAUCAGUGCACUUGUGCUGCACAGGAUGGAGGAUGCAAACCUAGAGUUACGACAGUUAUCGGUAGUUAGACACUAUUUUGCUAGUAAAGUACAUGAUGUUACAUGGUAAGAGGACUUUAUUUAUUUAUUUAUACGCCGCUAGAUACACUUGGUAGAGAGUCGCAUUGACCAGCUUAGGGGAACGGAACACGGAACGGCAGCUGAAGGCAUGGAAGGAAGAAAGGACGGAAAGGACAUGUUUAGAAACAAUCGCAUAAGGUGCUUCUGCUAGUGCAAAGUCAACAGUGUGUAACCGGUGAGCAUUUUCGUCAGAAGAUAUUCAGCAAGUGUGUGACAAAUUUUCCUGUACAUAUUUUAACGUAAGAAGCCCCAUCCAUUCCGAUAACAUCUAUUUAAAUUCGACUGUACUAUACUUUGAAAUAAACAUUUUAAACAACUACAAAUGUGA